AUGGCAGAUCACCAGGAGAUUAUCCAUCCACCAGCGGCUGCCACUGGCAGCACGGGCCACGGACACGGCGGCGAUUGGUGGACCACGGCGGUGUCGUGCUCACCGGAUCAGCUACCUGCCGGGUUCGGCGCCGCCGGCUGGUCGUCUGCUGAAGGCAACAAGUCGAGGUCCGGCAACGCGGCCUCCUCGGAGUCUCCCGGGUCCAACCACUCGCUCGCCACCGGCGGCAGCUCCAUAACCUUCCAAGACCCUGCAGGCGCCGUCGCCGAUCAAACCGUGGUCGCCAUGCCGCCGCACCCGGCGGCGUCUGGUCUCGCCGCCAGCAGCUGGAAUCAGCCUUCUUACUACUUGGAUGGAUCUGUUGGUUUCCAUGGCUACAUGAGCUCAAGAAGCGACCAGCAGUCUCAUCACGUAGGUCUGAGGAGCCCCUCAUCGAAUCACAACAACAGCUUGAUGCUACAGGACGCCCAUGAUCCCAACCACCAGUUCCUGUCCAACCUUGGGCUGGAGCUGCUCUCGUCGCCGACUUCGUCUUCCGGCGGCUUCCGGACCUCCUCACUGCUCAGGAGCCUCACGGAGCCAUCGGCAGCAGCCAAGACUUCGCCGGGCUUCCUGCAGCAAUACCAGCAGCUGCAGACGAUGAACCAAUCGUCAGCUGGAAGCAUCAGGGAGGCUCUGCAGUUCACAAGUAGCACGCCGUUUUGGAACAACCCUUCUGCCGGUGGGUUUGCUUCGGCGGCGGAGGGGGCAGCAAGCUUACUAGGGACUGCCGCCGGACCACCGUCAGGGCAAUCUACGCCGGCAAAUUUUGGAGUCAAGAGUGCAUUAGAAGGUGCCGGAGACUCUAGAAACAUCAUUGCAAAGAGGACGAACAUCGGUCCAACGCCGCCGCUCAAGAAAUCGAGAACAGGGACACCAUCACCAUUGCCAACCUUCAAGGUGAGGAAAGAGAAGCUUGGUGACAGAAUCACAGCACUUCAGCAACUAGUCUCCCUUUUGGAAAGAUCCUAUUUCCCCAUUUGGUGGGACGAGUGGGGCUCAAGCCUCUCCUACCCACCUCCAAAUUUUUGCAGACAUGAAAGAGAGAAAGGAUGGCCUCUAGAGGUUCUUAUCUAUUGUAAGCUGAAUAUGGCUUGUGGCAUGCGAAUGCAUUCACUGGAAAAGUCUGAUGACCACCGGAAAACACCCUCGGAGAAUCGGUUACGAAGAUCCAAUGGUCCAGAUUAA